AUGGAUGACGGAACUCGGCCAGCCCGCCCGGACCGGCCCUACCAGCGAACCUACAAGGCAUGCAUUCCUUGUCGGCAACGCAAGGCCAAGUGCGACCUGGGUACCGGCCCGGAUGGUUUACCUAUCGGUCCACCUUGUGCGAGAUGCCGGAGGGAGCUGAGGCAGUGUGUUUUUCCGGAGAAGCGCGCUUGGGAGAGGUCUCGCAAGCGAGCUCGGUCAUCUGAGGAAAAUGAUGAUGGUGUCUCGCCUCAACAUGCGAACACAAACUCACAUACUGCUCUGGACCAGUCGAAUAUCCAGCAUUCAUAUCAUGGCGCUGCGCCAGCUGGUAACUCGACCUACCACAACCCACAAUUAACUCCCGCUGGCGAGCCGUAUACUCCAAGUGCGACAAGUCCAUUCCCGCCAGGAUGGACCUUCGCCCGGCCUCAGAGACAGACACCCUUAGAUUCAAGAGGCCGAGAGCCCAUUGCUACGGACCAAAAUGGCCACACCGACAACUCACCGUCACAAUCAUAUGAUCCCAAUAAUCGACACCGGUCCAACUCCACCCUGGCAAGCUCGAUGAUGCGGACGGUCGUCGCAAGUGGCAACGAUGCACUGAACAUCUUGUUCGAGGCUGCAACUGCGCAUGACCAAGAAAAUCACCUGAAUGACACAACGCCCGAGUCAACUUCUGGGAAUGCGUCUUUGGGGCCUAAAAAACGAACAACUCCCAGGAAUUACGACAGUCCCGCGGUCUUUGAGCCGAUGCCCACGGUUAGACGCCCUGUAGAAAUUUCCGAUGCUGCAAGAGAGACCUUGGAUAUAUGGGAAGCAUGUCGAUUCGUGAAACAGGGCUGGUUUACUGCUCGAGAGGCUGUCACCUUUAUUGAUAUGUUCUUCAAGAACAUGUCUUGGCUCUCCCCAAUUUUGACUGAUUUCUACGCCAAUCAUAAUAAUCACUACUUGCUAAUCUCUCGAGAGCCGGUGUUAUGCUGUACCAUACUUAUGAUUUCUUCUCGAUAUCAUAUUCUGCCCGGGGCAGGCGGCGAAUCCAGAAACUUUUUCAUUCACCACCGACUCUGGCAGCAUUGCCAACAGUUAACGAUGCGACUCAUCUUCGGUCAAGAAAAGUCCACCAAGUCCAAAGUCCGAAGCCUGGGGACCGUCGAAGCACUUCUUCUCAUGUCGGAGUGGCAUCCUCGCUCCCUACAUUUUCCUCCUGAAACGGACGGGUGGGAUGACGAUCUGAUCUCUCCCUGCCUGGAUUCGAAACAUUCAGGGAACGGAGACAAUAACUCCGCGAGCCGAUGGGUGGAAGAUAUGAUCGAGCCCGCCAGGAGAUCAGACCAGAUGUCCUGGAUGCUUCUCGGGUGCGGGCUCUCUCUUGCACAUGAACUGGGCAUCUUCGACAAUGACAAUAGCGAUAUUCAGUGUUCCACCGAAGAAGAACAGCAAUGGGCUGACCAAAUGACCCUGCGCAGACAGCGCGUCCAGCGUCUUCUAUACGUGUAUAUCAACCAGCUCGCCUGGCGCAUAGGAUGCAUGUCUCCAAUCCCGCAGUCUCUCAACCACGCCAUCCUGGGAGGCCGCCGACCCCGCGGACUCAGCCAACCAGGCAACACCUGGCUCACGUUCAUGGACUCGUGGAUCGAGUUAACCAAGCUCGCCAAAUCAGUGACGGACAUGUUCUUCCCAUCAGCCGUCUUCUCGCGACAACAGCUGCUUACGGGCCGAUACGUUGGCCUUCUAGAACAUUUCCGGCCGCUGCUCAACCAGUGGAAGGACAAGUACCUGCAGCCCCAAGUCCUGGACAAAGCAUUCUACAACGACCUCUUCAUCGAAUACAACUUCGUGCGCGUGUACACUCACUCAGUGGGCAUGCAGGCCGUCGUGGAACGCGCCGUGGCAGACACAGAGCCAAACCACUUCGACGAAAUGCGGCCUAUGACCAUCGACCCCACAGAUUACGAAUACAUCCAGGAAGUCAUCGACGGAUGCUGCCAGAUUCUCCAGAAAGUGACCCAUCUGGCCGAGGCAGGGGCGCUGCGUUUCUCGCCGGUGCGCAUUGUGCUGCGCAUCACCAGCGCCUCGAUCUUCCUGAUGAAGGCGCUCAGUCUCGGCACGCGGCAUGCAAAGCUCCAAGAGGCGCUGGAGAUUCUGGAAAAAGCAAUCGAUGCGCUCAAGUCCAAUGCCCUUGACGACGUCCACCUGAGUACCCGCUACGCAGCCCUGUUAGACAUGCACGUCUCGCGCUUACGGCGCAAUCUCCUGGCAUCGUCGAAAGUCAUGAAAAACAGUCGAGGCACAACGCGACGAUCCUCGAUGGGUCCUCCGCCUUGGCCGGAUCAUACCAGCAAUACUAAUGCAGAGCGUGCAAAUCCGAUGGGCACGCCUGCGUCGCAGGAUUUGACGCCCGAGCUGGGGUUCAUGCCUUCGUUGAAUGACAUGGCGGGUGACGAGUGGCUUUCGCUUCCAUUUGAUCCUUCCAUGGCCCCGUUUGGGAUCAGCAGUAGCGGCGGGCAGUUUCCUAUGUAUGAGGGGGGUGGCCUAGAUUUCAUUUGGAAUCUGCCGUCUUGA